UCUCUGUGACUUUGCUCAUAUGUGCUCCUGUGCCCGAUCUUAUUCGAGUCAGCACUCCAGCUAUAUCAAUUCGCCGUCUUCGUCCUUAGCAUGUCCUCGGAAAUCGUACAUGCCUAUCGGCACCUCUACCGACACGGCCUCCGCUCUGUCCAGUUCUCAUCGCCUGCUCGAUAUACGCUCCGUGAUCGUCUCCGAGUCGCCUUUCGAACGGGCGAUCCGCUCGAGUUUAGCCAGCCCAAAAUCGACAACACGAUCGAGUUCCUCAAGGGCGCUACCCGGGAGAGAGGUCUGGAACAUCGCCUCCUCAAAAACUUUCUUCAUGUCUGGUUCCACCAAGGAAGACCAAGGCCGCCCAGGAACAAAAGUGAUGCCGACCAGAAUUGGACGAGAUACACAGCCUAUGACCCGUGGAACCACAACAUCCGAAUGCUGAACGAGAGUAUGGGAAUGUGUCUGCCAAUGUCCCAGCCACCGCUACUUGACUACUGAAUAGCCGAACCUGUUCCAUCUAAGCGGUUCGAUCGUGGAUCCUUACAGCAGCCGACAUGGGCAAACAAGUGGGUAGAUGGAUAUUGAGGGAAACGGCGUGGGAAAAGAAGGCUUGAGUUGAAGCAAGAUCUUCACUCCAGCGAUCUCACCGGCAUAGGCUUGCCCGUGAGGCUUCACAUGAAGUCGUCUUCGAAGUCCGCAUCUCGGUCUUGGUUGCUCGAGGAUGCGACCGCGUCUUCAGAAAGCAGAUCGUCGUAGGCAUGAUCCCUCUGCCAGGCCUUCUCCUUCCGCUCCUUGGCUACUCUAGCCUCCUCCUUUUGC